AAAGAUUGAACAACAUUCCCAAUCAUCAAAGCCAAGGCCGUUUCUCUCUUCUUCCUCAAUUCACCAACCAUGGAAGCCCUAACUUCAACCAUCGUCUCUUCUCCUUCUUCCCUCCCCAUCUUCUCUCCCAAAUCCAAAGAUCCUUCGUCAAGAAGACUCCUCCGAUUCUCCACCUCUCCCAAAAAUAACGGUAACGAAUCCGAUCUCCGGUCCGACUCAAAUGGUUCAAGCAUCGUACCGAGCCACAGCAAUCGCACUCUCUCUCAGGAUGCCGCGAUGGGCUUGGUUCUGAGUGCUGCGAACGUGAGGGGUUGGACUACAGGUUCAGGCAUGGAAGGCCCUUCAGUCCCCGCCGGUGCUGAGUCGGGGUCAAUUGCAGAACAGACGUCCACCUUCCCCUGGUCUCUCUUCACCAAAUCACCUCGUCGCCGUAUGCGCGUGGCCUUCACUUGCAACGUAUGUGGUCAAAGAACCACUCGCGCCAUCAAUCCCCAUGCCUACACCGAUGGCACUGUUUUCGUCCAGUGUUGUGGAUGCAAUAUAUUUCAUAAGCUGGUGGAUAAUUUAAACUUGUUUCAUGAGAUGAAAUGCUAUGUGAAUCCCAGCUUCAAUCCGAAAGGUGGUGACAUUCGCUUCAAGUAUCUUGACAUGGAUGAUGACAACAAUGAUAUUUUCCCCCUCUUAUGAGGUGAAACGAUUAUUGAAAAGAAUUUCUGAGUGCAGUGUACAUUCUAUUGCUCACACCUACAGUACCAUUUCUAAUUGUGUACAUGUAAAUAGGUUUGCAACAAUUGAUGUAUUUUUAUAUUGAAGUCAUUUUGAUGUGGAACGUUUAAAUAUUUUUGUGCUUUAGUCUAUUUGUAUAAGAAGUUGAUUACAUCUCUGUUGGUGUGCAUUUUGUGGUGAUGUUCUAUGUUGUGUAGGAUUCUGUGUAAUGUUGUUGAUGAACUGCUGUCUGGUGUGUGACUUGUCUAGUUGCAAUUUUAGGUGUGAAUCUGAUUGUAGUGCACCCCAGAGACCAGUUUUGCAAUUUGUCUAUCUACUACUGACUUUGUACAUGAUAAUGAUUGCUUAGCAAUUAGAGAAAAUGGAAUAGUUCUUGUCGAAACAAAAUCAUCGUCGGAAUUGGUGGAAUGCUCUUCAACAUGUGUUGGGCCUGGUUUAUAAUAGUUCUUCAGUCACAAACACAACAUCCCUCUUCCUAUGGCUGGCACUCCCUUCUUCUUCUC